AUGCCUCAGGUUGACUCCUGGCUAGACUUCUCGGCUUUGCUUUCUUCGGAGCACCUGGCGAGCCUGAACAAGCACCUCGCCGGCCGGUCCUUCCUCGCCGGCGACGCUUUCUCGUUGGCGGAUGUCGCGGUCUACUUCGCUUGCGCCGCGGCCGUGGCCGCCGCUCCCCCCGCGGCCGGGAAGCAACUGCACUUCUGUCGGUGGUUCAAUCAAGUGCAACACCGCGUGAGGCUACUGGCGCCGUCUUGCACGGUCCUCCCCCCUACCGUACCCCUCAACAUCUUCUCGCCAGUCGCGGUGCCCCUGCCCGCAAAACAACCAGCCACCUCCAGCGGCGCAGCCCAAUCGGCAACCGCGGGGUUGGCGGCCGCGGCGGCGGCGGCGCCCGCCGGUGGUGUCGGCACAGAGAAAUCGGCGAGCGGUAGCAGCCCUGCAGAGGGCAAGAAGGACAAGAAGAAAAACAAGGGGGCGGCGGCGUGGGGUGAGGACGGGGAUGGUAAGGCGGCGGCGGCGGCGGCCGCGGCGAAGAGUGAGGCGAACAAGGGGAAGGGGUCUGCUGCGCCUGCUGCCGCCGCCGCCGCCGCCGCCGCGGAGGGGGACCCGUCGAAGCUCGACGUACGCGUUGGCACUAUCGUGAAAGCGUGGGAGCACCCUGACUCUGAGAAGCUGUUCUGCGAGGAGAUCGACCUUGGGGAGGGAACGAACAGGAGUAUCGCCUCGGGGCUGCGAGCGUUCUACACCUUGGAGGAGAUGCAGGGACGACGAGUUAUCGUUUUGGCUAACCUCAAGCCCCGCAACAUUGGUGGCUUUAAGAGCAAUGGGAUGGUCCUCUGUGCGUCCUCCGAAGAUCACAGCGUGGUGAAGAUCGUUGAGCCGCCGCCCGGCGCGGCCAUUGGGGCGCGAGUCACCGUGAGCGGGACGGAGGGGGAGCCGGCAACUCCCGCCCAAGUGCAGAAGAAAAAGAUUUUGGAGAAGUGCGUGCCCAAGCUCAAGACCAAUAGCGACGGGCUUCCCGGCUACGACGGCGUGGGCGUCUUUAACGUCGACGGCGAGCCUUGCGUGGCAACGAUCCCCGGGGCUUUCGUGUCGUAGUCGGUAUCCCUCUUGUUGUGACCGCGUACACUUUUCGUUUGGGACCUAUUGUAGAGCGAUCGAGCGGCAAUAGCAGCAGCAGCAGCAGCAGCAGCAGCGGUGGCAGACGUCCACGCACAGUUCUUGUGGCAGGGCAUGUGGUCAUAAUGUCAUAGUAAUCACUUUAAAGGUCCUUCGUGGGUCGCUACACACACUGCAAGCGUUCAAUCGGGAUAGCGCCACCAGUCGGUACGAACGACGCUUGUUUUGUGUAGGGCUGAGAGGAGGCUGGGGCAGCCUUGGGUUGGAAACAGAUACCAACGGCCAACAAUAGGUGGGAAGCUCUGUCUCUCCAUGCCAGAGGGAUACUGUAUGUCGAAAACCUUUGGGCACAUUUGUUUUGCGCUUCGGCAGCAGGGAUUGUGUUGCAAAGCCACCACUACUCUCAAGUUUGUUUGUGUUGCCGACGGUCUCGCCCUGACCCUGUGCAAGCCACCGGUCGUGCCUGGUUGUGGUAGCCGGUUGGCUUGGAUUUUUGUUUUGUUGCAGUACGAACCACGAGCUCCUUCCCGUGUUUUUGGGAGUGAAGGGAACGCAGCGAUUACCGUUUUUUUCACUGGUGCUGCUGUUGGGAAAUGGGUGUGGCAAAGUGACGCCGCCGCCUCGGGGGCCGCGUUCCGUGAGCCUUCACUUUUACCGAGAGUCAGAUGCGUGACUACCUGUUUUUUCGUUUUUCCUGAUGUACCUCGCGGAGGCUUGUGGGGCCUUCUGUCUAGGCUCAUGUAACCCUCCUUUGCUCACAAGGGGACGUUUUGCUUCGGGUGCUUCACCGCAUAUUCCAGCGCAAUCUCGAACAGAAUUCUUACCAAAACUUCUCUCAAAAGU